GCUGAAACUCAGCCUUGUGCAACUUCCGGACCCAUGUCUUUCGGUCAUAGAUUAAGUGUGCUGGUACUCUUCCUGGUUUCAAUUUCCAAUGGCCAAAGAGAUCCGCUUGAUAACUUUUGUCGACUCCAUGGCCACUCUACAACUAUCGUCGAUCGGGAGAUGAUAAUAGACGGCGGGUUUGUAAAUUGGGCUCCCAUUUCUGCAGAAUCCACAAACUACACUAGUACUUGGCUCAAAUCUGGCCACCUGGAUGACAGUAAUGACGGUUUUCCGCGACAAUUCAAACUAGACAAAAACGAAACAGUACCAUCGACCGUUGGAGGUGUACUCUGGGCGGACGAAGCGAACAAGAUUGUAUAUCAAUACGGCGGCGAAUAUGGUAACGGCAAGCCAGAAGACUUCCGGCUCUGGUCCUACGAUGUUGCAUACAAAAUAUGGAACAUAUCCAAUGUGUCUACCUCCGAUACACGGCGGGCAUCUUGGGGGGCUGGCGCGGUGGACCAAGACAAGGGAAUAGGAUAUUAUUACGGCGGGUGGCUGACCAAUGCAUCGGUGCCUGGCUACAACUCACGAACAGUCCUCAAAAACAUGCUUGUCUAUGACAUGCUGGGGAAUUCGUUCCGCAAUCAGUCCGGACCAGAUGACGUUCCCCGCGCUGAAGGCGUGAUGCUAUAUAUUCCUGCCGGAGAUUCAGGUCUUUUGGUGUAUUUUGGCGGUAUACAAACGCCUUUCAACAACAACACCGUGGUGGCAUCGCCAAUGACGGACAUAUACAUCUAUGACAUUGCAAAUGUUCUCUGGUACAAGCAGACUGCGAGCGGUGACGACAUACCAGGCAACCGUAGACGAUUCUGCGCUGGCGCUGCUUGGGCCGAGGACCGUUCGUCUUACAACAUCUAUCUAUUCGGCGGGGCAUCGAUAGGAGAAGGAGUUGGAUAUGGAGAUGUUUGGGUCUUGAGUCUCCCUUCUUUCAAAUGGAUCAAGUUCUGGCCUAGGGAAGGAGAUGGCGAAGGCAAAACAUUUCCCCAUCACUCGCUCAGCUGCGAUGUCAUUGGGAAUUCUCAGAUGAUUAUCAUGGGCGGCCACUUCACGAAUAUCACAGACUGCGACGUUCCAACCAUCCAGGGCCAACACGGCCUCGAUCUCGGAAAAUCCAACGCCGAGAACGCGAAAUGGGCCAAAUUUGAUCCCAAACUCACGACGUAUAAGGUUCCGAGCGAAAUCGCUCAGACUAUCGGCGGCGGAGCGUCAGGGGGGGCAACUGUACUGGCUCCUACAAGUGGAUGGGCAGAUCGCGACCUACAAACGCUACUUGGACGACAAUACACGCCGACAACAAGAACCCCAACCCGAUCCCUUCCAUCUUCCACUGGAGCAGCUAGCACACCUUCCAACUCAGGAUCUUCUGGCCCAAGCAAAGCAACAAUCGGCGGUGCUGUGGGCGGUGGGGUCGGGGGUCUCCUGCUCCUGGUGGCAGUAGGCGUCGGUAUAUGCACGUGGCGACGCAAGAAGAGAAGCCGUCCAAAGAGUCCUCCUCCUCCCCCUGAGCUCCAUUCUCAACCCAUGUCCCCAUUAAUGCCCAACGAAACCAAGAUCCCAUCAGCCUCACCAAGCCAGAUGGUCUACGCAUCGUCGCAUCCAUCUCACUACACCUUGACUCCCCAAGGCAUGUCCCCGCUCCCAUCGCCCGAGAGCGCAUGGUCGCCGCAUGGAAACGCUGCACCUGCGUACCCCGGCUCGCCCGGACAAACCGUUUACGCUGCGCCUGUGGCGUAUAGCUAUCCCCACUCGCGCAGUCCGAGCGACCACAGCCACUAUUAUCACCCGUCGAUGCAUUCAUCGCCAGGGCCGCCGCAUACACAUUCACCGACAGUGGCUGUUCAGGAACUGCCGACUAUAAGAAGUCCGGCGGGGUUCAAUGCCGAGCCUCAGAUGCAGUCGUUGGACCCCUCGAGGUCAGAGUCUUGGUUCGCGCAGAAUCCGCCUCGAGAUGCUGGGAACGGCGCGGCGUAG